CCCCUUGAUCGUCUCCGCCGCCGCCUCCUCCUUCCGUUUUCUUUCGACCGACAGGAAGUUUGGACGAGGAAGGAGUUGCGUUGGCUGGCGGUGUUGUGGUGACAGUGUUGGUGUUGGUGUUGUUGUGUUCGUUUACCUUUGAUAAGAGUGUUGAGGCUUCUGUUUUCGGGGGUGGCUUUGUGUUAGCGUUGUGUCAAGUUUGUGUGUUUCGUUUGUUUGUGUUUGUGUUCGUCGUUAAGGACCAAAACAAACUGAUAAACUGGCCAUUGGUGUAAGAUCAUCACUUUCUUUCUUAGUGGAAUAUCUGUAACCCUCCACUGAGCUCAUCGAUAUUACAUUCUUGGUAAGGAAAACGAAAACGAGUAAUAAAUGAUGACAAAUACAGGAAAAAAAUAACUUGAGGCCUAAUAAUAGCUAUGAUAUAGAAGAAGUGGGCGGCAGAAAAUGAGUAAGAACCGUUGAGAAAUAGCUAUAGAAACAAAUAAACGCCUAAAAGAAGUGACUAGGCCCAGGAAAAAAUGAAAAGCUGAAGAACUAGUGUACGAGACAUCACUAAGAAAUUAUUACGAGACACCUCUAACAAACCAUGAACGUACAACACAGAAGAAGAAAAAAAGUGAUUGAUUGAUGGUUUAUUGUUGCAAGUAAACAACAAAGGAGAAGGGAGGAACAUGCCAUCAAACAAAGGAGAAGGGAGGAACAUGCCAUCCCAACCCCCAGGCAGUACAGAGUGUGAUUAUACAACUAAGGAUACAUGUUGGAAGUAGCACCAGGAAACUAAAAAGAUACAAUUGCAGAGGCCAAGUGCUAAAAAAAUAAAGAAGGACGAGAGAGACAGAAACCCUAAACUUAAAUAGAUAAAUGGUUUUCAAGACAUCACUAACAAAUUAUGAAACCGCUAACAAACUAUGAACGUGGAAAAGCUAAAAAAGAACGAGAAAAAGAACCCCUCAACUCACAGCCACAAAAUGAUGAUGUCCAUUGAUGCAUAAGUGGCAAGAUGACUGACCUCUGCACACAGGUUCGAAUCCCACCCAUUCAACUACACAUCUUCAGAAUCUAUGAAUGGAAGUGACGUGUUUCUUAUCUACGUUUCCCUUGAACUUGAACCUCAUUGUGACACUCUUAGAAGAAAUAGAUAAUGUGUUUCUAUAAUGGAUACAAGCGCGGAUUCCUCUCACUCCCUUAUCUUCUAUGAAUGGCAAUGACGCUUCGAUCCGCUUCCAAUGUUUUCCCCGAAUCGGAUCCUUUGUGUGAGCAGAUAAGUGUCUUCCGAGUACCAUUCACCCUUCUCAAUGUUUACAAGGCCACUCCUCGUCACCGUCUGUUCUGGCGUGAAGUAUCCUCAAAACAACCCCGUAUAAUGAAGUGUGUUGGAGUCUUCGUAAAGGCCGAGGGAUAGUGUUCUCUGAUGUACUGCUUUAAGAAUCGCAUCUCAAAACUGCUAACUGCAUGUCCCCUCCACGGAUAUCCGAACCCUCCUUUCCUCUCCCGCCGGAAUCUGUUAUCGUGUCCUCACCUAAAAAAAAAAAAAAAUAAGCAGUGACAUUUAGACGCAAUGCAGUGUGCGUAUCUUGCGACAGGAAAUGGAAGACACCCGUGACAUCAUUUUGCGUCCCUUGAAGACAGCGGCAAUGAGAUACACAGCCGAGUCUCAGUCAGUGCUCUCAGUGACAUUUGGAGCGCUGCAGUGUGAGGAUACACCCGCCUGAUCCUCGCGAAAUAAACUGGAAUCGAAUGGUACAAGCUAAGACUCUUAACUCCAAACAAGUAACCUGACUGGCAAUCCAUCGGCCGAGGAAAGAAACAAAUGGGAUCCAGUGAAGUGAAAACCAUCAGACUGUUCUUGAAAUCACCGGUAAAGACUGAAUGAGGAGACGCAGCCUUGCCGUUUCGACCACUGAAUUGUCCGAGAGAUUUUGCCUUGCCGUCUCUGCCACUGAAUUGUCCGAGAGAUUUUGCCUUGCCGUUUCGACCACUGAAUUGUCCGAGAGAUUAUGCCUUGCCGUCUCUGCCACUGAAUUGUCCGAAAGAUUUUGCCUUGCCGUCUCUGCCACUGAAUUGUCCGAGAGAUUUUGCCUUGCCGUUUCGACCACUGAAUUGUCCGAGAGAUUAUGCCUUGCCGUCUCUGCCACUGAAUUGUCUGAAAGAUAUUAAGGGGAUUACCGGAUGAACGCACACUCUCCGGCUUGUCUCUGUGAAGGCCGGAAGUUGCAUCGUGACUCCACUGGCUGAGGAAGGAAACCAACCUUUUGACAGUGAGCGGCUAUGACAUUUCGAGAACCCAAAGCAGAGCAGGAUCAGCGUCUGUUACCCUCACGAUAACCAGGACUCACGGGUGACUGGCGUGAUCUCUUUGACGCCUCUGAAAUCCCCGCAUCCUCGUCGCCGCCAAGAAACCCCGCGACACUGCCCUCCCCUUCCCUCAUCUCAGUGGUCGUCAAGGAAGCCUGAGACGCUAUCCCUCCACCCAUGAUCAGCGGCAGCAUCGUCGGGGAGUUCUGCAAGUGGUCGCCGAGUAGUGAUGGCAAAUAUGAAACACGGGACGGUGCGCUGUGGCAGGGCUUUGACGGCGAGGGAGGACUUAGUGAGGGGCGUGGUGACAGACGUGGCUAUGGUAGAGAAGACAGCAGCAGUGACGAGGAAAGUGCAGUGAGAUGCUCAGAAGACAGAGAGAGCUUUAAAGUGUGUGGAUAUGUUUUAGGAGGGAGUUCGGAGGAAAUUGGAGGAAAGAGGAAGGUGGUUGGGGGUAAGGACAGGGAAGUGGAGGGGAAAAAUGCGAGCGAUGACCUGAAAAUUCGAUAUUUGGACCCAAACGGCAUGUCUUCCGGAUCGCAGUUUGGAACGUGUGAACGACAUGAAGAAAGUGUGAACGUACUUAUGAACUCUGAAAGGAGCGUUCUGAGCGACGGGAUGAAGCCCCACAUAAUAAGUACCAACACAGACGGAGGCACGACACAGAGGAACCGUAAUAAUGAAAGUUACGUAAGAACCUUUGACUUGCCACAGAGUAAUUCCCCCGACAGCAACGAGUUCCAGUCCGCGGGGGGCAAACAAGAGCCCGGCGUCACGGGACCAGAGCGAGAAAACAACAACAGAGGUUCUCUCGUCCUCGCAAGCUUAUGGUCCUCCGUUAAGAGACUGAGCGGAGUCGAUGGGGGUCCGGUCAUCGAUACUCCGGCAGACAGCAGCGCUCCACCGGAAAACACUCCCAAACAACCGGAGGAAGUCGGUGAGUCAGGGGACCUCGUCUACAGACCCAACCCCUCGAAGAAAAGAACCCUUCGAUCUGUUUCCUUUCCAAAUUGUUUCUCCAAGCAGCCAGCCUCCGCCUCCUCCUCCUCCAUCACCAGGACCGCCAGAUUCAAGACCCUUCCCUCAAGACUCGAGCAAAAGGGUUGCGAUGGAAAGACAGUCCUCGAAUGGCGAAGAAAACGGCCUUCAUGGAAGCUCUCGCGCGGCUUGCCGAGGCGUUCACGUUAUGACAACUCUUCCACAUCCUCUGCUGACUCCUCCGGCCCCGGCCUCAGGCGAUGGAGCAGAUUAUCCAUGAAAAAAAUUGGGAUCAAUGUGUUUAAUACCGUUACGAGGCUUUUCAGUCAGAUUGUCACGAGGUCGCCAUUGAGCGCCUCAGCUCAGGACGGAGAAGGAAAACUUCAACACAGAGGCUCCGCUGUGUGGCACCAGCUGGAGCCAUCGACGCAGCAAGGAGGUGAGAGCAGAGACAAAGAAGAUGAUUCGGGACAACGUGAAACGGGAAUGAGUGUCGCGUGCGGAGGCGGCGAAAGGCACGGCAACGGCGAGGAAGUGUCGUCCACCGCGGAGAAUAAAAGAGAGGAAGACAGGAAAACUCAAGAGAGCGACGGAACAGGUCAUGAUCUUGACAGUGAAUGUGAAGAUGUGAGCAACGGUCUCAGCUACGUACAGAGGGUCGUGAGGAGGUUCGAGAGCAUUGUGAGUGAUGAAAAGAACGAUGACAAACAAUCAAGUUCUAAUGGAAUCAAAGACGAUACCAAACAAUGUACGAGACUCCAAUCAGAGAGAGAACGAAAGGAUGGCAAACAAGGACCCGAAAACGAACAAGUAAAGACGGAGGAGACAUCAAAGGGAAGCGGACGGCCGGACGAAAAUCCACUAGUACCCCAGACGGCGACGAGCGAAGCUAAAGAAAACGAGGAUAAAACUAAGAACUCCAAAACAGAGGAACCCACGGAAUCGCGUCCCUGGAACCGCGAUGAAAAAGAGAGACUUCGAGACACCAAGGAGGAGGAGAAGAAGGAGAAGGAGGAGGAGAAGGAUGAAAAGGCCGAGGAGAAGGAGGAUAACUCAGAGGACGAGAGUGAGAGCAAUUCAGAGGGCGAAGAUGUGAUUGUCUUGAGAUCGAAGCCACGCGGUCAGACUUUGUCCUAUUACCGCUGCCGCUCCUUCUACCGCACCUCCAUGAUCAGGCCCAGGACGGUCAUCAUCGGCCUCGGAGUCUGCACGGAAACCAAGUUCAUCAACGACUCCUUCGGCGACGGCGUGAGCGAGACCGAGAGCGAGGAUGAAGAGGACAUCUCCCCCGCCCCCGUGCCAGCCCCCGCCCCCACGCCCACCCGCGCACGCCCCACCACGCCCUCCCGCUCCUCCCGCCCCCACUCCCCCCUCUCUGAUAUGGACACGGAGUCGAAGAGGAAUUCACAGGCCGUGAGCACCGAGCCGUCAGAAUUUGAGGACCACAGUUCGGUGACCACCAGUGACCUUGACUGCCACGAGCACCCGGCGCCAGACUCCCGCAAGGACAAGGCGUACAGGAUCGCCCUCGAGCUGCUGCACACCGAGAGGACGUACGUGAAGGUGCUGCAUCUCAUCGACCAGGAGUUCCAGUUCCGCGUGGACAAUGAGAACCGGGCGCACCACAUGUUCCCACCCGACGUCAUCCUCCACAUGUUCUCCAAUAUCAAGUCCAUUUACAAACUGCACCAUGAUUUCCUCCUGCCGCAGCUGGAGGAGCGGAUGGCCCAGUGGGAGCACAACAGGAGGAUAGGCGACAUCAUGAAGAGCUUCGCCCCCUUCCUCAAGAUGUACACCGAGUACGUCCGGAACUUCGACAAUGCCAUGACCCUCAUCAACCAGUGGCAGGCCAAGUGUCCGCGCUUUGCCGCCAUAAUGGAUGAUAUUCAUUCCAUGGAGGUGUGUGGAAGCCUCACGUUGCAACACCACAUGCUCUCCCCCGUGCAGCGCAUCCCCCGCUACGAGAUGCUCAUCCGAGACUACCUGAAGAAGCUGCCCGAGGACUCGCCGGACUGCCACGACACAGAGAAGGCACUCCACCUGGUGUCCACUGCAGCUAACCACGCCAACGAUGCCAUGAAGAAGAUCGACAAGUUUGAGAAGCUGUUGGAGAUUCAGGAGAGCCUUGGCGGGGCGGAGGACCUCGUGUCGCCCACCAGGGAACUCAUCAAGGAGGGGAAGAUCAUCAAGAUAUCCGCCAGAUCGGGAGACCAUCAAGAAAGAUAUAUAUUUUUGCUGACGGACCUCCUGCUGUUGUGUUCGCCUCGGCUGAUGGGCGGGCGGGUGAUGAGCGGCCCACAGUACCGCCUGAGGGCCAAGUACCACGUGGAGAACCUCAUCAUCCAGGAGGGAGACAACCUGGAGACGGCAAACACCUUCUACAUCAAAGACAACAAUAAAUCAGUGGAGCUUUAUACUCAAACCAUUGAGGAGAAGGAGCAGUGGCUGGACGCAUUCAUCCGUGCCAUCCAUGAAACCUCCCAGCGGAAGUCCUCCCUGAAGCUGCAUUUCAAUCCCAACCAGCGGAUCUUGGAUUUGGACCUUGGCCAGAAACAGCCGAUGCUUAUCCGGUCAGACUCCGUCAACAAGUGCAUGGAGUGUGCCAGCCAGUUCACGAUGGUCCGCAGGAAGCACCACUGCCGGGCGUGUGGAGCGGUGGUGUGUAGCAAGUGUUCCAGUUUUAAGGCGUCGCUUGCCUAUGAGUGCGGCAAGAGUGUGCGGGUGUGCAGAACGUGCCACGCCACACUCCAGGAGCUGUCGUCCUCCACGGCCACGCCCUCGCCGGAGAUAGAUGAGGGUGACGAGUGCUCCUUGUACAGUGCCAAAGAACCCCUGGACCUUCCCUUCCGCAAUCGAGGAGUGUUAGAAGUGUCCGCCAAGACCAGCGGGGCAGUGAUCCAAGGGUUCCUCCAACUUAAGACUCACCGCAAAACUUGGGUCAAAAGAUGGUUUGCCUUACACACCGACUUUGUUCUUUACUCCUUUAAAUGUGAGGCUGACGACCAGGCGCUCACGGCCACCCCAGUGCCUGGCUUCACGGUGACACACCUUCAGGGUACGAGAAAUGAAAGUGGAAUCAGCGAUAAGGAGAAAGAGAGAGCAUUUAAGUUACAUCACGCCAAGAAGCAAUACAUAUUCCAGGCAACUUGUAAAGAAGAAUCUCAAAGAUGGGUAGCGGCCUUGAAAAAAGCAUCGCAGGCGGAGCUGCCAUCCCCGGUUCAAUGACGAGAGAGGCAAGUGAUCGAGGCUCUCAUCACAAGUCUGUGAGAACAACUACCAAAAAGUAACAACUACAACUCUACAUACAUACAUGAACACUAAAACACAACCGCACACACUCACCCAAUUUGGACGUGGUUACAGGACUUGCUGUGGUAUAUUUCUUCUCAAUCAACUCUUGAGUCACGCUGACUGGAGAGUGACACACCUCAACGGUCCACCACAAGACACAAUGUAACGGUGCAUUUCCUGAGUAUCUCGUGAAAACUGUUUGUUAUGUUACUGUAGCACAGUUAGCAAGGUUAUUUAGGCUUCAUAUGGAACAGUAAAACUUAUUUAUGUAUUUGAUGCAACUUGCUAAUGUAAAAUUAUGGAUGUUUACUGGUAUAAUUGUUUUGUGUAUCUUCUCUACUUACUUUUGUGGUAGUAAAUUCAGUAGAAAUGGCUGGUAAAACAUUUAAUUCUACAGCAGUUCUUUCUAUCCAUUGAAGCUUUUAGUAAGUCAAGUUCUUCACAUCUUCAUAGUGGUCAUAAUGUGUUGUGGCUUGUGUGGAGGACAUUCCCUCCCUGUGCUGCGCGGCGGAGUGUUGGCGGCCGGCAGCACAGUGUGAAGGUUUGUGUUUUGGAUUAGGGAACAGGAGCAAUAAGAAGUUCAAAAUGUACAUAAAUUUCAUUUAUGCUUAUAAAGAAUUCAAGAACACCAGGAAGAAAUAUAACAUUUCAGGUUCUGAUAUGAAAGUCUAAAAAAAAAGAACAAUAAAACACAUACAUCAAAACGUCCAAUCACAAAGCGCACAGAUGACGUGACGUCCAGAAUUAGAAGGUUAAGACAGAGACGUGUAAUCAGUAUUGUUGUUAUUGUAAUUGGCAUAUCACAAUGUAAGCUGUCUCUCUUUCUCUCUCUUGAACUUUCUCACUUGAAGUACAGUGCAAUACUAUUUCUGGUCAAGGGUUCUGCUGUGUGGGAGAACCUCGCAGAGCUAUUUUUAAGUAACAUUGGGAUACACUUGUACUAUACUUUUUACAGUUAAUGUGAAAAAAAAGUUAGACAAACUGUUUAACUAAAAAAAUUAUUAGAAUGGAAUAGUACAGCUUCAAAUCGGUCAAAAGAAGAUUAACAAGUGUGUGCCAUGAGCUGCAUCAAAGACCAGUCAGCACACAGAGAGGUUUAGUGAUGGUUUUAGCAGACUUAGCGUUGUAGGUUUCAGUAAGUCUUAAAAAAGAGGAACAUUGAAUAAUUAUAAAUUUGAUUAUUCAUUCAAUAAUAAUGAAUAACAUUCAUGAGAUUUAAGUAAAUACCAAUCAUGCCAUGAAAUCUGCCUUGACAUAAUCAAAAGUUCAGAUACUUCACCAUGGGGUUAUUUUUGUGGGUGCUGGAAUGGUCAUGUUACUUCUGAAUUAUUUUCUCUCCCACUCAAAAAUCCUCAAAUCACCCUGAGUGUUGGAAGUGGAUGACUUCACUAAUGCCCAUUUCUGUACUCAGUUAAUGUGGUGGAUAUAAGAGACCUGAUUGAGCCUAUAUAUUAAACACAAACAUUUUACCAUCAAGGUUUUCACAUUCACAGCACCACACACUUCAUAACAUACAUUCUUUGACCAGCAUCUCCACUCCACACCGACAGGUACUUCUGUUGCUUUACCUGUGUCUAGUACCGUAGCACUUUUACCAUAAAUUUUGUAAUUCUGUGAUUAAAUUUACCAAAAAUAAUCCCAAAACUUCACAAAAAGUGCCUGUGUAUGUGAACCCUAGGAGAGGUGUUCUUACCUCUGGAUGGCACUGAAGAAAUGGGAUUGAUACUGGCAAGAAAAUUAACAAAAAAAUCAAUUAAUUAUGAAUGUGACGCCCGACAAUAGUAUUUGAGCUGUACUGCCGCUGUCCUCUGCCCUCUCCCUCCUCCUGUGUCUUCAGCCCACACAUACCUCAGCUUGUACAGUGACUGGAUGUGUCAAGAUAUUUCUUUUGUAUGAAAAUCAAAUUGAUAUCAUGGAAAAUGGAUAUGUAUAGACAAGUGUAUGUGUAAAUUAGUCUAGUGAAAAUGUGUUAACUACAGUGAAGGAUGUGGUACCUAGUGGCUUCUACCGAGAUCAUGGUGUCCUUACAACUAGUUACUGGAGACAAAUAUUCCUUUGUCAUUGAAGUUCCUUCCAUGCAGACCCUUCUUGCUAGACCAUUACCAUAGAGAACAGUGUACCUUGCUUAUGUAUGAUUGGGGAAGUUUUCUUUCACAAUGCAACCCAAGACCUCAGCACUGAGGAAUGGAGGCUUGUCGGAGGAGGUUCGUCUGUUCUGUCUCAUAGCAGCAGCUUCAUCACCUCGUCACUCGGGUGUUGCACGGCCCCGGGCUGCACCACACCCACUCUCAUCUGGCUGCUUGUUGAAGCUUCAUUGUGCUUACCAUUACUUGUUUCAUAGUUUCAGUAAAACUGAGAUGAAACUUAUGCUAAAGAGAGUGUGUUCUUUUUUUAUCUGAAAACAUGUAUCAUGUCACUGAGAAAACUUGUUUUCACUUUUUUAUGAAUUUUACAUGUAACAGGAAAUUUUCUAGGAGUAUGUAGGAUUUGAGUUGUUUACAACAGAACAAACUGACAGGUUUGGUCCUUGAGGUCACCGACAUGAAACACAAGUGGAUGCUUGUUGAAGUGUUAUAAUUAUUUGAAAUUAACAAGGUGUGUGUGUGUGUGUGUGUGUGUGUGUGUGUGUGUGUGUGUGUGUGUGUAUUUACCUAGUUGUAUUUAUCUAGUUGUGACAUACAAGAAAAGAGCUACGCUCACGCUGUCCCAUCUCCAUAUCCACUCUUAUCCAACUUUUCCCUAAAAUUAUGAAUGUUUCUUGCACAAACCACCUCCUCCUCCAGUCUAUUUCAUAGCUCAAUGCUUCUGUUUGGGAAGCUAAACUUUUUCACAUCUCUCCUACACGUGGUCACCCUCAACUUCUUUCCAUGUAUGUGCGUAUGUGCAUGUGAGUGUGUGUGUGUGUGUGUGUGUGUGUGUGUAUGUGUGUGUGUACAGCAAGCAUAUAUGAUAUACCAGUGUGAGAAAGAUUUAAGCUCUCACCGGUGAGUCAUGCGGUUGCCUCCUGGGCCCAGCCUCUCACUUUACAUUAGUUGUCCUCACAGGAUGUGGAGGCUCGCUCACAAAGUCUUAGCUCUAUGCUUGUGUAUAAUGUACAGAAACCAUUUGACUUUCUUCACCCACCUGAUUCAAUCACACGCACGCUUUGUAUUCUUCUUUCAUUUGCUGUUCAACAGUAUAAUGACUGUGCUCAUUAAAUAUUAAGACUGCACAGAUUGUUAGUAUUACAGAUAUUUUAGAUUUUAUUAUUCUGAACUGCAACAACUUACAUCAUAUAGAAAUGCAGUAUGCAAUAUUUUUUUGUAUAGUUAUACAUGUAAUGUGCCACAUAUUUAUAUAUAAGACCAACUUUCAUACACAAAAGGAUAAUCUAGUGUCUGGGACAAAACUUCAUUCUAAAAGUGGACAUAUCAAAGGUUCUUCAGGAGUCCCGGCCCUUCCUUGUACAUGGUACAGGUCUGCCUGACUCCGGUGCUCCGCCUCCUGCUGCCUCUCGUCCCUCACAGGCAAAGUUUUGUGCAUAUCUCACCACCAAGGAGCACCAUUUUUCUGUGGAUUGUGAACACUUGUCGCUAGUAAGGCACGGCAAGCACUUCUGGCUCUCACCUCCACACACGGCUGUUCAUGCCGGCGACAGUUGCAGUAAUUAGCAUCCCUCAUGUGUUGCCUCCUUUCCUGAUGCAAAUUCAGAUUUUGGUAGAACUUUCUGUACUCUGUAUAUGAUGGUUCCUCCCACGGUCUCCAGGCCUUCACUAGAAUGUUAUGUAUUGCAAGUUUACGAUGAUUUGCAUGAGUUAAUGGUGCUAUUUCUUUGAAGAUUAGUGUAGGUGUGUUGCAUUAGCAAGGCACUGAAAAUAAAUGAUUGUUGAAAUGCAUGUAAAGUUAAUUUAAUAGAAUGACAAAUAUUCUGUAUAUAAGAAGAUAUUCUUACAUGUCCUAUUAAGCAUCUGUGCCCGAAAUUGUUAUAGAUAUGCAAAAGAUAGUCCUCGACACCCCCGCUAGUCAGUGAAGCAAACACAAACGUUUCAUUUUUACCGAUCGAGUUAAUUAAGGAAAAUGACUAACAUUCUAAAGCUACGGUUAACAAAAUUCCCUCUCAGCUGUAUGGACGACGCUCCUUCAUCACUGGGCAGUAGAUAUUUAUGUACAAUAUUUGGUUAUUAUAUAUUCUUUGUUAAAUAAAGAGAUUGUAAC